CCCCAACGAGUUGUAGGGGGAUACCAUCGCCAUCAUCAUCAUCCGAUCUUCGUCUCCCUCGCACUAUAAAUACCUCCCCCAAUGGAUUCGUUGCACAUUCCUUCUCCCUCUCCCUCUCUCUCCUGAACCUACAAGAAGAAGACAACCAACAUCUGUAUCUACGCCCUCACGCAGCACCACCACUAAACUAGAGAGAGAAAGAGAGAGAGGGGGAGACAGGAAGACAGAAUUGGCCUGCCGAGAAAACAAGAGAGAUCAAACCGAGAGGAGAAUUGGCAAGAAAGAGAGAGGGAGUCUUGAGGAGCUAGUGAGACGAAGAGAUGGGGAUGAGGGUGCCUGGGUGGGUUGGGGGCCUGGUGGAGGAGAGCUUCUUCGUGGGGUGCGAGGCGCACGAGAGCCGCAAGAAGAACGAGAAGAACAUCUUCUGUCUCGCCUGCUGCACCAGCAUCUGCCCGCACUGCGCCCCCGCUCACCGCCACCAUCCCCUCCUCCAGGUGCGGCGAUACGUGUACAAUGACGUCGUCCGCCUGGGUGACCUCGAGAAGCUAAUCGACUGCUCCUAUGUCCAGCCCUACACGAUCAACAGCGCCAAGGUGAUCUUCCUCAAGCCCAGGCCUCAGUCCAGGCCGUUCAAGGGCACCGGCAACGUCUGCCUCACAUGUGACAGGAUCCUCCAGGAGCCCUUCCACUUCUGCUGCCUCUCCUGCAAGGUGGACCAUGUCGUGGACCAGGGAGGGGACCUCUCCAACAUCCUGCUCUACCGCGCCGGCGACGGUCUACCCUUCCCGCGCUUUGAGAACCUCCACGUCGGCGAUGCCGACUCGGGCCAGGUCACGCCAAACUCGAUCCUCGAGGACCCGGUGCAUCACCACAAUGGCUAUGGCUAUGGUGGUGGUGGCAGCGGCGGGUCGAGCGAUAAUGCAGGUAAUGGCGAUGGUGGUGGCGAGACGGUGGUGAAGAGGAAGAAAGGAGGAGGGUUCUUCCCCAAGAUUGUGCUGUCACUGGGCAACAGGAGGAAAGGUGCACCCCACCGAUCCCCUCUAGCCUGAGAAGUCCCUGGUUUGCCAGCCCCACCCCUAUAUAUGUGUCAUGCUGUUAAUUACCAGUAUCUAGCUAGUACUAGUAGUGUUAUAGUCCUAUGAUUAGGCAUGUAGAGAGUGUCUGGUUGGUUUGGGAGGGGCCUAAUUGUGAUCUAGGGCCACCUCAAGCUAGGCAAGUGUGUUCAAUUAGACCGAGAGAAAGAGACCAAAGGGAAAGCAGUUCCCCCGUUACAUGGCCUAGGUAGGCACGGUUUCUUGUGCGGCGCCCACCUUGCAUUUGCAGGCAGGCUCCACACAAGGUGGCUACCAAUUUUGUAUUUUGCCGUAACAGGGGUUUACUUGCAUAUACCUCCACAUAUAUAUAAAAGAUUGUCCCCCACAUAUGUAUUAUGAUAAUGCUGUUAGCGAUGUUUGUA